AUGUUGUCAGCUCUCCGUGUUCAGUCUAACGUGCUCCGACGUGUAACUCCUUCGACAACCCAAGUACGAUUUAUCAGCAAUUCCGAUUCAUCUACCUCUCACGGAGACCAACGCCUUGAGGUUAUUCGCCGUGUUCUCUUUGAGUCUCCAGCUCGCGCAAGCAUAAUCGAAUUGGAAGGUGAGGCAUUGGAGAAGCACGAGACUAUUGAAAGAGCAUGGAAACUCCACAAAAUGCGAGAGAGAGAACAGAGACAACGAACACUUGAACGUCAAUUCCGGGCAAUGUCCUUGGCCAUGACCGAACUUGAAAAAACAAGCGAUCGUCUGUUCAAGGGCGCCCUUGUCAAAAGCCGACACACAACCUACCCUAAGCAAGCAAAGAUUCCUUCAGAAACACCAUCACCCCACGGAUGGGACUACGCAUACAAAGCACCAGAACCCAUUGUUUAA